CAUCCCUGCUGGAAAGAGCGCAGUCACCCACUUGCUAAACUACAGAAUCUGUGCGAAGGCAACAUGGAGAUAUACGCCAAAGACAUUAGGAAACCGAAGUUGUCUGUAUUUUGCAACAUUAAGGUCUUCUUGCUCUGUCAUGGUCUCCUCCAGCUCACCCAGCUACUGUACAGCUCCUACUUCAAAAGCGCCAUCACCACCAUCGAGCGACGCUUCGGCCUGGACAGCCUGUCUUCAGGGACCAUCUCCUCCCUGCACGAGGUGGGGAACACGAUGCUGAUCGUGUUCGUCAGCUACCUGGGCGGUCGCGUGCACCGACCUCGCUACAUCGGGCUGGGCGGUCUUCUGAUGGCCGUCAGCGCGAUGCUCCUGGCCCUUCCUCACUUCCUCUACCAGCACUACACCUACGACUCGGUCCUGAAAGUGGGCAGAGAGGACAUGUGUCACAGCCUCACUCAGUCUCCGAACAUGUCCGUGGCCGAGGCAUGUCGGCCGCAGGAACAAGGCAUGGAUAACACCAAGCUCUGGUUGCUGAUGACCUCAGCACAGCUGCUGUUUGGGGUCGGCUCCGUCCCCAUCCAGCCCUUCGGCAUCUCCUACGUGGAUGACUUCGCUGGAGCCAGCAACUCCUCUCUCUACAUCGCAAUCCUCUUCGCCGUGUCUGUGUUCGGGCCUGCCUUCGGCUACCUGCUGGGCUCGGGAGUGCUGCGCAUCUACGUGGAUGUGAACCGGGCUGACACGGGAGGAGCUCUGGAGCUCACCCCUGCUGACCCACGCUGGGUUGGCGCGUGGUGGAUGGGGUUGCUGAUCUGUGCGGGGGGGCUGGCCCUCACCUCUGUACCGUAUUUCUUCUUCCCAAAGGCCAUGCACGUAGAGAACGCCGUGGGAAGUGAGCGUGAGGUUGUGAAGGACGGUGACAGGAACCUGGACACAUCCAUGCUAGAUUUCCUCAGAAUGUUCCCACGCCUGUUUGUGCGGCUGUUGCUGAGUCCUUUCUUCCUGUUGCUCGUCUUGACUCAGUGCUGCUUCUCCUCCGUCAUCGCUGGCAUCGCCACCUUCAUCAACAAGUACCUGGAGCGGCAGUACAGUGCCUCGGCCGCCUACAGCAGCCUGCUCAUAGGUGCCGUGAACCUGCCGUUGGUGGCCGUGGGGAUACUUCUGGGGGGUGUGAUUAUGAAGCGCUGGGGUCUCUCCCUCCGGGCCAUCCCGCGCUUCUCCGUCCUGCUCCUCCUGCUGUCUGCCCUGUUCUGCGUGCCGCUCUUCUUCAUGGGCUGCCGCACUCAAAGCAUCGCCGGCAUUUACCCCUACCCAGGAGCUAACGGGCUGCUUCUGACCUGCAAUUCCAACUGCUCCUGCCCUGACAGUGCCUUCAACCCAGUGUGCGGGGCAGACAACAUCGAGUACAUAUCCCCCUGUCACGCAGGCUGCACUGGCUUCACCACGGAGCCCAAAAACCGCUUCCGAGUGCAGUCGUUCAGUAACUGUAGCUGUGUGGCUGUGAGCGGCGGGCCGGGCACAGCGCGGCCGGGGGCCUGUCCCAACACCUGCACCCACCUCCUCCUGCCUGUUAUCUUCCUCAUCUCUAUAGCGGGCUUUACUGCCAGCCUUACCCACAACCCCAUCUACAUGAUGGUGCUCAGAACUGUGCCUCACGAGGGGAAAUCUUUUGCCAUAGGAGUUCAGUUCCUGCUAAUGAGAGUUCUUGCAUGGCUGCCUGCUCCCACCCUGUUCGGAAUCACCAUCGACUCCACCUGCAUUUGGUGGAAAAGCGUCUGUGGGAGGAAGCAAGGCUGUGGUUACUAUGACAACAACCUCCUUAGAAACAGGUACCUCGGCCUGCAGGUGUGCUUUAAAAUUAUGGGCAUUGCCCUGUUAGCUCUUGUGGGCUGGAAGGUGGGAAAGACCCGGGAGUACAGUCUGGAGAAGAGGCCAGAGGGACCCCUGUGACUCCCAAACCUCCCAAAGCACUCGGGCUGCAGGGCACGCACACCUGUAAGAGCCCAUGCAACGAGAACCUGAACCUGGACACCUCAUAUCGCACUGUUUGUCCAUCCAAGGUCCUGCUGGAAGAGCGCCCCCUCUUGGCCGGAUGGGUACAUGUCGUUGUUAUGUUCUAUUGCGCUGUGACAUCCAUAGCCUGUGCAAAUCCUUCCUAUGGAUUAGGCUUUUUACAGACGGGGACUUAGGGCCAGUUUACCAACUGAGUGUUUGUCAUUGGGUUGUGAAGUGAUUGAGUCGUGGGUUCACUGGGUUGUGAAAAGUGACGUUCACCUGUCAUAAUACAAGUCCUUUAAAAGGCACACAGGUAGAGCCACAAAAGCCCAACCGAACAUUAAAGCAAAACUCCUAAUGCGUUAUUAGGGGGUUCAUAAUCCAUGGGAUUUUUGUUUUUUUGUUUGUUUUUGUUUCCAUUUGUCUUCUCUCCGCUGACUGGAUAUGUGAAGAAUGUGUUCAAAUGUAGCUUACACUGUCCAUGGAAAUACACAUUUAUUUCAUGUAUUAAAUCCAUAAAAGGAGGCACACAAAGCAAAGCAAUUAAGGCAAUAAAAAUCUUAUAAUGUUACUGUACUACUGUCAGUGCAAUGAGAAUGGACAUCUUCAGAUUUGUGUGUGUGUGUGCACGUAUGUGUGUAUAUAUAUGAAAUAACCUUAUUUUCUUCUUUAUUGUUGACACAGACUGUGGUAAUCUAGCCAUAUGUGAUCGCAAGUACAGUGAGCUUUUCCAAUGUCUGUGCUUUACCGGGGCCAGCAAAUUGCGUCGCUACACAACUAGCGUAUCGCGCAAAGUUAUUACGCAAUAUGUAAUAAUAUUUUUGGAAAACCUAAGUUAUUUUUGAAGAUAAUAAAGUUUGUUUAUAAACGUGA